AACCACUGGUUACUGCUCACCAGCUCCGUAAACACUAACACAACGAGACGCUGUAAAUGAAAUGUAUCGCAUGACUCGUUUUCCCUGUGACUUGCAGCAUUUUCUACUUCGCUAAUGGCAGUGACAUUGUACAUAAGUGACUUGUAUAAUGUCAUGAUUAUGGACUCCUGAACGAGUACUUUCUGCACACACUGACGAUUGCGCAUCUGGAGUUGGCUGCGACCGCUAGCUAGCGAACAAGCUAGCAUAGCAUAGCAUAGCACUGAGCCGUGGACCCAGGCUGCGGUUCCAUCCGAAUUCGUCGCUACCAGCUAAGUUAGCUGUCAGGUCUGGGCUCUCGCUUAUGACAGAUCGGCUCAUGCGGUGGCCAGCGACAAAGGAGUCGCCGAAAAUGUAAAUCACCAUGAAGUCAAAGAGACGGGAACUGGUGGUGCCAGUGAUGGCCUCUCCCCUCCCUGUCUCGUUCAUCCUGGUCUUUCUGCUGCUGGCUAAGUGGCCUGUGUGCCAGGCAGGAGACUGCAAGGGCCACAGGCAGGUAAUGAAGGGACCACCAGGCUAUGUUACAGAUGGCCCUGGAAACUACUCUGUCAAUGGGAACUGCGAAUGGCUUAUUAAAGCUCCCAGCAACAGUCAUCGCAUAGUCUUGAACUUCACCUUCAUGGACACAGAGUGCACCUAUGAUUACCUUUUUGUUUACGAUGGUGACUCCUACCAGAGCCCUCUCCUUGCCAGUCUGAGUGGCAACACGCUGCCUCAACCUAUUGAAGCCAAGUCUGGCAAGAUGCUGCUUCAUCUUUUCAGUGAUGCUAACUACAACCGCUUGGGCUUCAAUGCGACCUACACCUUCUCUUUGUGCCCUGGAGCCUGUAGUGGUCAUGGCCGCUGUGACUCCUCGACAUCGAAGUGCCAGUGCCAUCAGGAUUGGGGAGGAGCAGCUUGUACGACCCCUAUGUGCUCUAAGGACUGUUUUGUGAAUGGCCAAUGUGACAAGAAAGGAGAGCGCUGUCUGUGUAACUCAGGCUUCCUGGGUCACAGCUGCCAGCUUGGUCUCCAUGACGACAAUGGUGUUGGCCAGUGGUGGCGUGUAAGUGAAGGAAACGACUACACACGUCCUAGAACAGGUUCUGCUGGCGUGUAUCUGUCCUCUACUGGAGCCAUGUACUUAUUUGGAGGAUUUGAUCUCAACAGAGUUCUUGGUGACCUGAUCAAAUACAAUUUCACCUCCAAUCAAUGGGAAAGCAGGUCUUAUGGCCACUCUCCUGUGGCACGUCAUUCCCUCACAGCAGUAGAAUGGACGGGCAACAUGAUUAUCUUUGGAGGUGAACUAGCUAAUGGCUCGCUGGCCAGUGAUGUCUGGAUGUAUCGGCCACUUCGCGAUGACUGGCAACAGCUUGGUUUUUCAAGUACACUUGGUGCCCCUAAACUAGCAAACCAUGCUGCAGCUGUAGUCGAAGAUUAUCUCUAUGUGUUUGGAGGUCGUACUGAGGAGGAUAUGUUUUCCUCUUCUCUGUAUCGGUUCGGACUGAGUGGCUCUGGGCGAUGGGAGACUGUGCAGCCCACUGGGGGAAAACCUCCAGCUACCGCUGGCCACUCCAUGGUGUUCCACAGCCCAUCCAGGACACUGCUGGUCUAUGGAGGCCAUCGACCCACCACUGCCAGGUUUAGUGUGAGGGUGAACAAUACCGAUGUGUUCCACGUGGACAAGCGCUUUUGGACAUCUCUCCGUUCACGUUUUCCAGCAACGGGCCCCAGAGAAAGAGCUUUCCACACAGCCACCGUCAUUGGAAACUACAUGGUGGUCUAUGGUGGGAACGUACAUAUUCACCACUACGAGGAGAAGUGCUAUGAUGAGGAGAUCUUCUUUUACCACCUGGGUUGUCAUCAGUGGGUGUCUACUGGCGAGAGAUGGUCCCUCCGCGGGGAUACUGUGACUGGGCGUUACUCACAUGUUGCUGCUGUGAUGGAAGGUCGAGUGCUCCUGGUUGCUGGAGGUUACAGUGGUGUUGCCCAUAGAGACCUGGUGGCUUACAAAGUUCCACUGUUUGUCAGUAGUGAACGAGGUGACAGGGAUGCUGUAUGUGCUGAGGCUAUAGAUGAAAGCAUGUGCUUGAAGAACCCAGAGUGCAGCUGGUGCGAAGGCCGCUGUCGAGAGUCACAACCCACUAACCCGUGCGGCAGUACUGGCUGCCUGGGCCUGGCGCGCUUCCUGUCUGACUGCCAGUCUUGUCUUGUGUUCAGUGGCACUCCAGCUACUUUGGCCCUUGCCCCUGGGGAAUUUGGGUGGUGUGUUCAGAAUGAGUCCUGCCUGCCCGUGUCAGAGCGAAGUGUGUGCCGUGUGGACCAGAUCUCAGGGGCGUACGGCUGGUGGGGGGAGCGUACCCAUUUCCUUACCUCCCUCCACUCCUGUCGCACCGAGAACUAUGUCCCAGGACUGCACCUGCUCACCUUCCAGCACCCCCGCAACAACUCCCAGCCUGACAAGGUUGCCAUCCUCCGCAGCUCCAACAUCAUCCUUAGCCCCACCACAGAAAUGGACGUCGCUCUGCAGUUCAGGGGCUUCAUACACCCGUUGUGGGGGGCUCCCCCACACGCCUCUCCUCCCACCGAGACCGUUUCCAUGUGGGCUCGCAUUCAGAGGCUCCAUUUUGAGGCUCGAGUGGCAUCGGGUCCCAACUCCAGCCAACUGGAGGUGGUGGGUCGUUGGGCAGCUCAGCAGGAAAAGGAGUUGAAGAUACUGUCGCGCACAGAUGGCAGUAGGCUGUUCUCUAACCUGACCAGGGGCAAUCAUUACCUUGUUCAGGCUGAGGGUUACCUGAACAACUCCGGUUCAGGACAAACCAGUGAGAUGGCCCUUACCUGGAAUAGAACGUUGCCAGGAGGGAGUGAAAUCUCCUUCCUGUUCUUGGAGCCGUACCGCUCAGGUUCCUGCUCAGGCUACAUGUCCUGUCUGGCGUGUCUGUCCGAUCAGUCCUGUGGCUGGUGCCCGUCCUUGUCCCGUUGCCUGCUGCGGGACAGCCUGGACCUUGAACCUUGCCCCGAGAGAGAGAAAAGUGAAGGUGGAGAGGAAGAUCAGCACCAUCUGCUGUUGGCCCCCCAGCAGUGCACCUUGUGUGAAGAGUACAGAGACUGCUCUGCUUGUACCCAGGACCCUUACUGUGAGUGGCAGAUAAACUCCAGCAAGAAAGGGGACUAUCAGUGCAGUCGACGGGGAAGACUGGACGGAUCUAUACGAGACCCGACAGGGUGUCCUAGAGUCUGCAAUCAGAGAAAGACAUGUGGUGAGUGCCUGUCCAACUCCAGCCAGUGUGCGUGGUGUGAGUCAGCCCAGGCCUGCUUCUACUUUGCUGCCUACCUCACAAAAUACCCAUAUGGAGAGUGCAGAGACUGGUAUGACAGCGUUCAUUCAGUUCCCCAGUGUAAACAAUGUUCAUCGUUCAACACAUGCACAGACUGUCUGAGAACAUUCCAGUGUGGCUGGUGUGGUGAUUACAACAAUCCCACCAUUGGAAAGUGUUUGAGGGGGGACUGGGCUGGAAUAGAUGAUCCCUCUGUUUAUAACUGCAGUGUGGCUGUUGCUGAAGCACGGGCUGCUAACCCCGAGCCUCAGACCUCAGCCCCGCCUCGGCCGCUGGAGAUGGAGCUGGAGUUGGAGCACUUGGACGAUGAAGACCAAGACGCAGUCUGGUCUUACCCCACCUGCCCAGAUGUUGAAGAAUGCAGACUGGGUCUUCACAACUGUCACCCCUAUGCCACUUGCAUUAACACUCCCACGUCCUACGAGUGCCACUGUGAGAGAGGAUACACAGGGGACGGCACGCUGCACUGCAACCAGACGUGCUACAAUGAAUGUCGUGAGGGUCAGUGCAGCGGGAGCCCACGCUUCGAGUGCGAGUGUUCCCUGGGUUGGACGUCUGACCCUGCCACUCUGGUUCUGAGUGGUGUUGAAUGUGAUGUGGACUGUGGCUGUAACUUUCACUCUACCUGUAUCACUGCUCCGGGGAUCUGUGACGAAUGCCAGGACUGGACUACAGGGCCUCACUGUGAGCACUGUCGUCCUGGGAGCUUCGGUUCAGCCCUGGCUGACGGCAGCGGCUGUGUUCCUUGUGAGUGUAAUGGCCAUGGUGACCCUCUCCAAGGCUACUGCCACAACCAGACUGGCCAAUGCUACUGCACCCACAACACUCAGGGACCCCACUGCGAGUCCUGCCUGCCUGGUUACUAUGGAGACCCCAGGAACAAUGGCACGUGCUACCGUCAGUGCCAGGGCCGCUCUGUGCUCCUCUCCUCCAGCUCGUCCUCCAGCGUGCCUCUUUCUUCUUCUCUGGGAUGGCGAAGCGGCACUGAAGGGAAAGGAGGGCUUUCUCAUUGCCUUUGGGUCUUGUCUGUGACUGAUAACCUGGCACCGUGUAUGUCCAGACAGCUGUGUCCCCCUGUAGCCCUCACUUUACACCCUGACUCCCAUACACAUUGUAAAAACUCGUUUGUGUAUGUGUUUGACGGUCUGCCUCGUUUUCUGGGUAAUGGAGUUGUUCACUCGGAUCAUAACCUAAUUGGAGCUUUUUGUGGCACUACAAGGACUCAGCCUAUCACAGUGGAGGCAACCUCAGGUAUAAUCUCAGUCUACUUUGAAGCCAACGUGUCUUCAACCAAACCUCAAGGCUUCAACGCGUCUUACUGGGUGCGACGGUGUCACCAGAGCUCCGACGAGGGUGAUGAGGGCUCACCUGUGUGCCCAGGGGGAGGCCAGUGCCAGAGUGGCCUCUGCCAGUGUCCUCAGGGCUUUGGAGGACCCCACUGUGACCGGCCCAUGUGCCCCCAGGAUUGUGGAAUAGCAGAAGGAAGGGGGGCUUGUAAUUCAUCUCUGGGAGUGUGUGUGUGCUUAGACAGCUGGGUUGGCUCAGACUGCUCCGUUCCUCGAGACGCCAACACCUUGAUCUGGGAAACACUGCUGGACACACAGCUGACCAAGAACCAGGCCCACAGGUUCCUCCACAGGAUGGGCCACUCUCUAGUGUCUGGACCACAGGGCAAUCUCUGGCUGUAUGGAGGACUCUCCUUGUCAGAGGGCAUUCUGGGAAAUGUCUACAGAUAUUCCGUGUCGGAGCAUCGUUGGACCCAAAUGUUGACGAGCUCUGCGGAGGAGGGCUCAGCUCCUAGCCCACGCUAUCACCACGCCUGUGCACUCCUCACCACACAUGAGUCUGGCUCUGGAAGCCACGGUGCCACUCACAACUUCAUGUUUGUGGUGGGAGGUGUCACUCAAAAUGGUGUUGCCAUGGAUACCUGGAGUCUCAAUCUCAGCAGUUUAGUCUGGAGAGAACACAAGAGCGCAGUGUUGUCCCCAGUCGCAGGCCACACCCUCACUGUACGCCGAGAAUCCUCCGUACUUUUGAUUGGAGGUUACUCUCCAGAGAACGGCUUCAACCACCACCUGCUGGAGUUCAGCCCCCGUACUGGGAACUGGACCAUAGCCCCACACACUGGAACACCACCUACAGGUUUAUAUGGUCACUCGGCAGUCUACCACGAGCAGACUGAUGCCAUCUAUGUCUUUGGAGGUUAUCGCUUUCACGUGGAGACAGUGGAGCCCUCAGGCGAGCUCUACAGUCUGUACUAUCCCAACCUCACCUGGUCUCUGCUCGUCCCCUCACAGGGAAAUAAGGUAAGAAGCUCUCUCACCUGCUUGAGUGACAGAAAAUUAAACAAGUCAAACACUUAUGUUUAUCAGUCUAGUGCAAAAAUAACUUAUCUGUUCUUGAUCGUGUGCUUUGCUUCGCAGCCCCUGUCCCGCUUCUUCCAUGCUGCAGCCCUGAUCAAAGACACCAUGGUCAUAGUUGGGGGGAGGACAGAAGCAGAAGACUACAGUAACUCCGUGUCUCUGUAUCAGAUCAACUGUAACACCUGGAUACGACCAGUCUCUGCCGUUGGAGAUCCAGUGAAUCGUUCCGUAUCUCUUGCCAUGACGAGCUGGGAUGGUCGUAUGUUUGUGUCGGGGGGCUUCAACGGUGUCACACUGGGCAGACUCCUAACCCUGACCGUGCCCUCUGACCCCUGUGGCCUGCUGCCAACACCUGAGGCCUGCAACACCACCACAGGCAGCUGCGUGUGGUGUAGGGGAAGCUGUGCUACUUCAAAUACUGCUGAGAGGAUGGGUUGUUUCACAGGCCAGUCCCCGUGUUCCCCAACCCCACGUCAGCCAGACCAGUGUCGUCGGUUGAAGACCUGCAGUGAAUGCCUGGCCCGACACCCCAAGACAUUGUCAAGUCCAUCACAGCCUGCUCUUCAGUGUAAAUGGUGCACAAACUGUCCGGAGGGGGCCUGUAUCAGCAGCUCUGUCAGCUGCACGUCUGAACAUGACUGUCGGAUCAACCAGAGAGAGAUUUUUCUGUCCAGCAACUGCACUGAGACCAGCUGUGAGGCGUCUGACUGCCCCAAGUGUACGGCUUCAGGAAAAUGCAUGUGGACUCGCCAGUUCAAGCGCACAGGUGAGACCAGGCGCAUCCUGAGUGUGAACCCCACCUAUGACUGGACAUGUUUCAGCUACGCCCUGCUCAAUGUCUCACCCAUGCAAGUGGAGUCCUCUCCCCCUCUGCCGUGCCCUCCGCCCUGCCACACUCUCCAGAACUGCAGCCUGUGUCUGGGCUCGAGAGGCUCGGACGGGGGCUGGCAGCACUGCGUGUGGAGCAUGGCGCUGCAACAGUGCAUGAGCCCUUCCUUUGUGCCCCUGCGAUGUGAAGCAGGUCAGUGUGGACGUCUGCUGUCUGGUGGGGACUCUUGCUCUCCCCAGUGCUCCCAGCUCACCCAGUGCUCCCAGUGCAUUUCUAGGCCUCAGUGUGGCUGGUGUGCCACUCGUGGGGGUAACGGUGCUGGACGCUGUUUGCAGGGAGGACUUGAUGGUGUGAGUGAGGGUGUUUGUCCGCUGAGAAACAGCAGCUGGUCUUUCCUCCACUGUCCAGAGGAGGAUGAAUGUGUUAACGGCCAUCACCACUGCAACAGCACCCAGAACUGCCAUGAUCUACCCCAGGGAUACCACUGCACCUGCAAGCAGGGUUACAUACUCAGCAGUGUUUCUGGUCAGUGUGAGCCAGUGUGUGCUCAGGGCUGUGUGAACGGGACAUGUGUGUCUCCAGGGGUUUGUCGCUGUCACUUUGGCUUUGUAGGGGACAACUGCUCCUCUCAGUGCAGCUGCAACGAACACAGCAACUGUGCUGGAGUUACCAAACCAGAUGUUUGCCUUGAGUGCCACAAUAACACUAUAGGUAAACACUGUGAAAAGUGUAAGCCACUGUUUGUGGGCUCUGCCAAGGGCGGCGGAACAUGUCGUCCAUGUCGGGAGUUUUGCAGGGGAAACAGUGCCGUGUGUCUGUCCCGGGAUGAACAUAAGAAGGCGCUGGAAAACCCACGGCUUUUCAUUUUGGGCCCCAACACAAUUCAGAAUUUUGUGACUGAGGGUCCGACAGAAGAGAAUGCUGUGUGUGUGAAUUGCCAGAACAACAGUGUCGGGGACAAGUGUGAGAGCUGCCUCAGCGGCUACUUCCUGCUGCAGGGCAAGUGUGAGAAGUGUCAGUGUAAUGGCCACGCAGACACGUGUAAUGAACACGACGGCACAGGCUGCCCCUGUCAAAACAACACUGAGACCUCGUCCUGUCUGAGCAACCCUCAGAGUGACCGCAAAGACUGCUACAGGCAACAGUGUGCCAAAUGCAAAGACUCCUUCAACGGCACACCAGUGAAUGGGCGUCAGUGCUACCGUCAGUUCAACGUGGACACAGAGUGCUGCUUUGACCCCACGUCCCAGACCAACUGCUUCCACGACCCCACCAUCCGUAACCUCCCCAAGGGCCGCACUGUGUUCUUUGCAGCCCAGCCAAAGUUCACCAAUGUGGACAUACGGGUCACCAUUGAUGUGACCUUCGGUGAAGUGGAGGUGUAUGUCUCCAACUCUCAUGACACGUUCAUCGUGGACGUGGACCGCUAUACAGGGAUUCACACCAUCAAGAUUGAGGAGGAAGCGGUAACUCGGGGGACGACCGCUGGUGUGGAUAAGGAUUCACCUCCGUCUCCUAUUAAAGUGUUUGCCAACACCUCAUCCAGCUUUGGAGGUCCCGUGCUUUCCCACAACCCACUGCAGCUGCAAGCCAAAGCUCCAGGGUCCGAUAGAGAAAUUCGGGAGGAGCGAGCUGAAGGACUCAUCUCCUACAUCACCGUGUGGAAACCACAGACGGUGCUGAUCGUGCGCCGCGUUCGUGAUCGCGUGGUCAUCACUUUCCCCCAUGAAGUGCACUCCCUGAAGUCCAGCCGCUUCUACAUCGCUCUGAGAGGCGUGGGAACCGGCGAGAGGCAGGGAGAGUCCCAGGGUCUGCUGUUUCUGCGUCAGGACCAAGCACACAUCGACCUCUUUGUUUUCUUCUCAGUUUUCUUCUCCUGCUUUUUCCUCUUCCUCUCCGUCUGUGUCCUCUUGUGGAAGGUGAAGCAGUUCCUGGACUUCCGUCGGGAGCAACGUCGCCACAUUCAAGAGAUGACCAAGAUGGCAUCGAGACCAUUUGCGAAACUCACUAUAUAUCUUGAACCAGAGGAGCCUCAGCUUAUCUACCUGCCUUCGUCUGGGGGAGGGGUGGGGGGCAGCACCGUCUCACUUGCACAUGCCCGCACAAGCAAGUUAGGAGGAGUGGUGGUGGGUCAGAGGGGCCGGGCUGGAGGUGUCUCCUACAAACAUGACCCAGGCUCUGGAACCACAGGCCACCACCACCAUCACCUUACCCUGGGUGGAGGUGGUAACAGUGGUCAGCACCUCCCCCUGCAUUACCUGAAUACCCACCACUAUGCCAGCACCACCGCUGGCAACCCAGCCUCACAUCACCACCAUCCGUCCACCUACAGUGGUUACCAGCAUUUUUGCCGCUCCGACCCUUUCCUCUCUCAGCUCAUGGGUUUUUCCUACUCAACCUUUAAAGUGGGGCCCAUUACCCUGGAGCCCACGGAUGACGGCAUGGCCGGAGUGGCCACCGUCCUCUUCCAGCUGCCCGGGGGGGUCAUGGCUCCAAACCGCGCCUGUCUGGGCUCCGCACUGGUUACUUUGCGGCAGAACUUGCAAGAAUACUGCGGCCACGGCAACGGAGGGGGGCACCCAGGAGCGGGAGCGGGGCGGAAGGGGCUUCUGGGGCAUCAGCACCUGACCACUAUGGCUAUGUAGAGCAACAGAACACUAUAUAAAUGAAAUAUGACUGGGAUGAAAGAGAUGGGAGACAUCUGUACCUGUAUCAUAGAGGAUAGUUUCUUCAUGUAUGGUUGUAUGAGGUGCUGACAGAGUCAGAGCUGACAAACUGAAAACAUGGCUGCCAGCAAAGACACACAUUCUGUGUUUCCAUCGUGGUACGGUUCGCUUUGGAAUGGGUCAGGCUUGCAUUUCCACUGAGAACAGGAGCUUCAUUUGGUCGACGGGGUGUGGGCUGAGCUGUGAUGUCAUACCACUGCGACAACAACAAAUGUGACACAACAGACAUUGAAGAUUUUUCUCAAAGCUUUGUCUGAGAAUAGACUGCAGACAGACUGACUGUCCUGGGUGGAGUCAGAGUCUAGCUCCACCCCAAUCUUACUGUACCAUUUUACGCUGGUACCUCAAAGGAAGGGUGCUAAAAAUGCAAUGGUCGGGGCUGUUAUUUUUGGUUAUUUUGGCACUACUCCUAAAGGAAAAGCAAACAAAAUACGUACCGCACUGUACCAAACUGAACCAGACUGAACCAGACUGAACCAAACUGAACCAGACUGAACCGUUCCACUCGAUGGAAACACAGGUUUAAGAAAAGCAGAUUCUCACUCUCCUGCACCAGAUGUCAUUAAGAAAAUCUGUGUUUCGGUCAGAGAAGGCAGGAGCGGCUGGUUUACUGCUGCUGAACAAAUGACUUCAAGCACGGAACUGACUAAAUGAAACGUUGAAAAGAGCGCGGUGGAUCAACAAAGGCUGUGUCCUGUGAGCAUGUCACACACCCACACAUGAACACUCACAGUCAGUUAACAUGAGCAUUCGGAACACAACUGUACAUACACUGUAUAAUUUGUUGUUUUGUGUCUUUUAUUGUAUUAUGUAUUGCUAUACUGUAUUUCCGUGCUUCACAUGACCAAGCCAGCUGUCUUUAGAAUGCACUACAACUGCUACAACAAACAAAGCCACAGUGUUGCAUCCUUGACUGUGAUCACGAGAGGACAGUCAGACUCUGGAUAGUGUUAAUACUCACUGACCAACACAUCAUCUGCUCACUUUGGAACCAACAUGUGCUUUAUACCCCCAAAAAAGUGACAAUCAAAAUUGAAGUUGCCAUUUAGAACAAAGAACUGUUUAAAUUGUUUCAACCUAAUGUGCAAACUUCUGAUUGUCAGCUCAGCGCAGGAAAAAAAACUAAAGGUCAAAGUUGUUUUAUUUGAAUAGUGUAAUUGUAAGUGAAUACGCGGCAGGCCUGUAAGCUAUUAUGUUUAUGUUAAACACGACCGGUGAGUAUAUUUCUGCAUAUUCCUUCACCUGCGAUGUUACAUUGUCUGUUGUUUUUCUGCUCAUUUGCCUUCACUUCUUGCCUUGUCUGUGAGUCACUAAUGGAAAUGUGUGGUGCAGCUCCCGGAGGAUGGAAUAACAGUUGCUUUUUUUUUACAUUAUUGUUACAUUAAUUGUUUUCUGUACAAAAGAAAUGAAGGAUCAUGUUUUUAAUGCACUCCUGGGGUUUCCUUACCCUAUAAUAAUUUAAUUACACAACCAAACAUGAAGACAUGAUGUGUCCCGUUGAAAAAAGUCGAUCACAUUUUGUUGACAUUAAAUGUUUGAGACAUUAUGAUCAAAACGUUACGAUGUGGUUGAAACAUACUGUAUCAAAACUCCAUUGAUAAUGAGAAGAGUUGUGUUAGAAAGUUCUCCUGGUGAGAAAUGUAUGAAACAAUGUGUUGAUGUUAAUGUUUUUGUUUGUUUUCCUUUUUGCACUGUAUGGAGGCACCGAGCCCCGUUAUUCAUGUGAAACACUAAAGAGUGGACGUCGUCCAGCCUCCGAUGGCACUCGGUGUCAUGGACGACCUCAAGUGGUGCUACUGGUUUUCCUGGGAGGUUUUUUGUCAUAAACUGAAUACUCGCAGCUUAGUAAAGCAAAUAAAGCUCAAAUAAAUAUCGUCAUUAUUUAUAGCAACCCUCCACAAAUUUGCAUUAAUUCAGCUGCAUUAAUUUUUGUCUCAGUUUUCCUAACAUGCUUUAUUUUUGUACAUAACUUUUGUGUUUGUUUGUUUUUCUUCUUCUUUUUUUCAAAGAAGGGAACAGUGUUGUGCAAACUGUUGCCUCAAGAUUCUCUGUCCUGAGUCGACUGAAAUAAAGUCUGUGGAACAAGA